UCGCAUUCUCAAGAAAAACCAAAUCAGAAUGAAACAACUUUAUAAAGUGCCUUUUGAGAGAAACUCUCAAAGAAACAAAGAGCUCAGACGAGCAUAUGUGGAUACAGUACUGGAAAUGGAUGCUCAUGCAACUCCACAUGAGUUCAUCUUUAUAGAUGAGGCUGGGUUCAACCUAGCAAAGACCAGAAGAAGGGGAAGAAAUGUCAUUGGCCACAGAGCAAUUAUAAAUGUUCCUGGCCAACGUGGUGGGAACAUCACAAUGUGCGCUGCCAUCUCCAAUACGCAUGGUGUCCUCCACCGCCAUGCCAACCUUGGACCAUACAACACAGCCCAUAUUCUCACAUUUCUGGGUAGACUCCACAACAUUCUCAUACCAGAGCGAAUGAAUGACGCAGACCGUCACAGAAACAGGUUCGUUGUAGUAUGGGACAACGUGAGCUUUCAUUGUGCAGCCACAGUCCAAAACUGGUUUGCUGACCACCCACCAUUUCUCGUGCAAUACCUCCCACCAUACUCACCAUUUCUGAACCCCAUAGAAGAGUUCUUUUCAGCAUGGCGGUGGAAGGUAUAUGACCGGCAGCCCUUUGUACGCAUGCCUCUUCUGCAGGCUAUGGAAGAGGCAUGUGAUGAAAUUGAUGUGGGUGCAAUUCAGGGAUGGAUAAGGCACUCAAGACGCUUCUUCCCUCAAUGUCUGGCAAAGGACAAUAUUGCCUGUGAUGUGGACGUGGCAUUGUGGCCAGACCCAGCUGUACGGCAAGAAGCUGUCUAAUUAUUUUUCUUGCCUCUUUUUUCUAUUUUUUUUCUUGCAGAUUUCUUUUGUAUUUUUUUUCAGUUUAUUGUUUUUGUGAGCAUAUUUUUGUUUGUUCCAAUGUAUU